AUGUCGGAAUUUCCAGUUUCACUUCCAAGUAAAGAUCGUCAUUUAAUGACACUUUCACAAGAAGGACCAUUAUUUAUUCUUCAUCUACACCACAAGGACAAUCGAUUUACAACUGAAUUUUGUCAAGCCAUUCUUAAAGCUCUUCAAAUUGUGGAAGACUACUUUUUGGCUUGUGAAGAACCAGUUGAUAUGGCAUUAGUUACACUCGGUAAUGAUAAAAUCUAUAGUAAUGGUUUAGAUUUGAUGCAUGCUAUAAGUUAUCGACCUUUUAUGGACGUAUUCCUUUCUUUGCUCAAAAAACUGCUUACUUUCUGUAUUCCAACUGUUGCUGCGAUCAAUGGUCAUGCCUUUGCUGGUGGUUGUAUGUUAGCAUUAGCUCAUGAUUAUCGAGUAAUGAGAUCAGAUCGUGGCUAUAUGUGUAUGAAUGAAGUAGAUCUUCCAUCUCCACUUACACCUGGUAUGUCAGGUCUCUUACGCUGUAAGAUGUCACCUAUAACAUAUCGUGAUAUGAUCAUACAAGGUCAUCGUUUCACGGCUCAAGAAGCUUUAGAACAGCAUCUUGUUGAUUUUAUUUGUCCUAAUGAUCAGGUAUUAAAUAAAGCAAAAGAAAUUGCUUUGAAAUGGGCACCUAAGGCUAAGUCUGGCAUUGUCUAUAAACAACUUAAAGAUGAGGUAAGUACAUUAAAUUUCAAAAUUUUUUUUUAUCACUAUCUUAAAUACGAUCAUUAUAUAGAUGUACAGAGACACAGUUCAUCUUUUAAGCGUACCUUAUCAUCAGCUUGCUCCUAA